AUGCAACGUGUUGUCUUUGUCGUCGUUCUGCUGUGUGUGGGGCAGUGGGCACUAGGCCAAGAUUUUGACUGCAGCACCAGUGAAGGCCAAGAUGCUUACCUGAUAAGCCAAACGGCUCCCGAGUGCUACAAUCCCUUACUCGGCUUGCGAGUGGGCACGCAACCUACUGCUGCUGAAAUUGAAUUCGUAAGAUGCGUAAGCGGAUGUGUAAGACAAGUUGUAGAGUUCUUGCAGAGCACGGAAGAGUGCCGCAACAACGCGACCGUGCAGGGUGGCGUUGAUUACCUGCAGCACCAGCUUUGCGCCUACAAAGACGGCAAAGACCCAGCGACAAGUUGUGCCCUUGAAGUGUAUAAUCCCGACAUCGACUACCUUGUCGAGUCUUGCAUCGCAUGGUGGUAUCCAGAACCAGUGGACAAAACGAAGUGUCCCCCCCGUACUACCCCUAACGCGACCAUGGACUGCAACGAAGCAUUGAAGACUGCCACUGAAACGGAUUUGGGUUGCUGCUACAAGUUCCUUGGCUCGGAACUGGCGAUCGCCGAAGCAACAAGGGCAGUCGAAAUGGGUCUGGAGGACUAUGAUUAUGUUGUCCCUGAUGAUUUGGAGAUUGACGUGACUGAUCCAGCACUGUUUGAUGUCUGCGGUGUCUCCUUCCCUGAUAUGUGUAAAAGCCAGCUGACUAUGACAGAUUCUGCUCCAAGUCUGGUGGCCACACCACUGAUAGCUAUCCUGCUGGCCAUCGUAGCCAAACUGUUUGCUUAAUAGAAGCAACAUGUUAAAAAUUCACUUAGGAGCAUGGGUGCUCACACUACUUUAAAAAGACUGUUUAGUACGAGUAUGGAGUAGCACGAAAAG